AGAAGCCUGACAUAAAUUCAUUUAAAAAAGUCUUUAUCAUAACUAUUUAAUCCGAUUAUAUAGUGAAUCACUCAAGGAAUUAAUGGAUCGCCGCCUAUAUUUGCGUUUUUAUAUAACUCAUUCUAUUCCGAUAAAAUGGGCAUGAAAUAUCCACGGUAUUUGGCUCUAUACUUAUAUGUGCAUGUGAUUCGCCUCAUCGAUCGAUUCAUUCGACAAUUUGACGUAUUUUUAUCAAUGGUUCAUUUUCAUUGCGCCUCACUGAGCUUAGUAAGUUUUCUUAACAGGCAUUCCCGUACUUUAUUGUUCCAGCAACAUGAUUGUGACGUUGAUGCAAAAGUCUCUCCAAAGAAGCCGAAUACAAAGAACAAAGAAACAAAAGUAAGAAAAAUAUCUUCACCUUCCAUAUCCAGCGGACCCGGUCCCCCACUCCAUUAUUAUGGUAGCUCUUUCACACCAGUACCUGCAAACGUAAAAUCUCAAAGCUUGCCAAAUCAUGCUUUAAGCCUCAAUAAGAACUAUAGUUGUGCUAUAUUUGAUAUACUCCAUGUUGCCCCAGAAGAGUUUGCCUCGCAGCUGACACUUCUCGACUUGCCUAUUUUCCUGAGCAUCCAACCUGAUGAACUCACUAGCUGUGCUUGGAACAAAAAGAAUAAAUUGCUUGUUGCUCCAAAUGUGGUCGCAUUCUCAAGACGGUUCAAUCAUGUUAGUUUUUGGACUGUACAACAGAUUCUUCAAGGAGGUACCCCAAAACAGAGGAGUGAAAUCCUUAUUCACUUUAUAAAAAUCGCUAAGAAACUGUAUGAUCUGAAUAAUUUACACUCAUUAUUUGCAAUAAUUUCAGCUCUACAAAGUGCUUCUGUAUACAGGUUGUCUAAAACAUGGAGCUGUUUGUCUAAGAAAGAUAAGCAAACAUUUGAUAGGCUGAGUGAAGUAUUUUCAGAUACAAAUAAUUGGGAGAAUCUCAGGAAGCAUAUUGAAAGUCUAAAGUUGCCUUGCAUACCAUAUCUGGGAAUAUAUUUAACUGAUCUGAUUUAUAUUGAUAUGGCUCAUCCGCACUCAGGAGGUUUGGAAUCAAAUCAGCGAACUUUGAAAAUGAAUAAUAUUCUUCGAAUUAUAUCCAACUAUCAGAUGUCGGAUUACUCGCACUUGUCUAAGAUUCCCCACAUUCAGGAUUAUUUGAAUUCUAUAAGAUAUAUUGAAGAAUUGCAGAAGUUUGUUGAAGAUGAUCAGUACAAAUUAUCCCUCAAGUUAGAACCCCCAUCACCUCCUCCAAGUUCCUCAAACUGCAGUUCCAAGGAGUCUGUGGCCACAGAUCCAGCUACGUUAGCAUCACUCAAUUUAUCACCUGCAAAAUCCUCGGCUGGCUCACUCAGGUUGUACGCCGCUACUUCUGGAAACAAGUUCAUACCUGGCCAUAGAAAAUGCAGGAGUCUAGGCUCAAAAUAUCGUAGCACAAGUCUUCCACGUAAUUUCCACAAAACAGGGUAUCCCUCUGUUAUGUUACCCUGGGGUAUUUUCAACAAAACAAAUCAAGUUGAUCCAGAAGAUCUACCCAAGACGCUUCAUCUGUUAGAUGACUCGGAGUUGGAAGAUUCUUCUAGAAGAGUGUCCAUGAAUUUAGAUGGUCUGCCAUCACCAACAAUGAAACUGCCGUUUCAGGCAUCACAAAGCAGCGCUGAUAAUUGUGCUUUACUCACUAGGUUGUCUGAAGAUUCUAUAAGUUCAGAAGAAAACAGCUGCCUUAUGCAAGGUUGUGUAAGAAGGAAAACGAUUUUGAAGGAAGGUCGAAAGCCGACAGUGUCGUCAUGGCAACGAUACUGGCUGCAGCUUUGGUCAACGUCUUUAGUAUAUUUUUCGCCUAAAAGUUUUAAGGGAUGCCAAAGAUCUGAUUUUAAGAGAGAACCGUGUAAAUUAGUGUCUUUAGUGAAUUGUCAGGUUAUCUUGGAAGAUUCAUUGCAACAGGAUUCGUUUCAAAUGAUUGAUCACCAAAGAGGCAAUAUCUACAAAUUUAGAGCUGGAAAUCGAGCUUUGGCUGAAAAAUGGUACAAGUAUCUACAGCAAGCAUGCAGUGGUGGAGAAGUAGCACUUCCAAGUAACUUGAUGUCUUUUGAGUGACUGAUUUUUUUCUAUUUAUUUCUUUACAUAUUAUUUGCGUACACUGUGUUAAAGCCAUUAGUUUUCCCUUAUUUUUUUACCUAAAUUUAAACCAUCUCACUCAACUUUUUGUGAUAGGCGAAUAAAGAUUGCAACUGUAUGAUA